AUGGAUUUGCCCUCCUCAAAUAUAGGUAUUGAUCAAAAAAUGCCACAUGAAGCACAGAAGCAGCACGGUGAUAAACACAAAGACCUGGACAAAUGUUACGAAAUAUCACCUACUCAACCGCUGAGCUUACAUCCGACUAGUUCAAGGACUCGAUCUAUGGGUAACUUAAUGGAGGAUAGAUCUAGGAAAGUGAAGAUGUUUGAAAUGAAGUUGCGUGAGUUUUCAGAAACUUCUUCAAUGAAAACAUUAAACACCACCGACAGUUAUCAUACUGCGGGUUCUGAUGAUAACCUUGAAGGUUCACCAAAAGUUCAGCAUAAAUAUUUAACAUUAGGUGAGUCUGUAGCUACUGGCAAUGAUCCUAUGAAAACCCCGACCAUCCAUUCCGCAGUUAAAAACGGAAUUUUUCAACUCGAUGCUUCGAAUGAUCGGACUCUAAAAGUCACAAAGGAACAUGUUCUAACUCCUACAUCAAAUGUAAAUCCUCCUGCAGUAUCGCAGCGUUAUCUGAAUGGUCUGGGGAUCUUAACUGUUGAUGAUAGCGUUUCCGAUGAGGGCGACGUUUCUUCGGGUUCGCCCAUAUCAACAACGAAAAAAAUUCAAAUAUCAUUUAAUUCAGAUUUACAUUCUCCAAAACGUAAAGAAUAUAUUGAUGUGUCUACGCGGAAGACUAGUCUGGUUCUGCCGGGGGAAAAUAUUUCUGGCAUUUCCUCAAAACUCCAACUGAAACAGCCUAAUUUGCCUAGACCAACAGACUAUCGAAGUGUGGACAGAUAUCUCGAAGAAAAUGAAUCUACUCUGGCGAACGAUCAUUUUUCAAGUGAGGGUGAUACUACCUAUAAAACGUUGGUAAGCGAAAGGCCACAGAGUUCCAAGAAUUUUGCGGCAAGAAUUUCAGCUGCUAGCAAAUACACUUCAACAAGCAGCUCUGAGUUACGUAUCAGUGCUGAAAAUCUGACAUAUUUGUUCAUUAUUUCCAUUCAUUCCUUUAACGCUGAAACCUUAGACAACAAAGAAGACAUUAAUAUAUGCUUAUCAUUUUCCAAGAAUGAACUCGCAUUUGUGCACACGGUGGACGAAUCCGGGUGGGGUGAAGUGACGUUAGUCGAUUCGAGAAAACGUGGUUGGGUUCCCUUCAACUAUUUUGCUGAUGUUUUAAACAAUGAGCCUCGGGAGGUUAAGAGUAAUUCCAUGGACACCCUAAUUGAGAGUAGGAAACCGUUAGAGAAGCUAUUAUCUGCUGCUGGUAAGUUUCUUGUCCAAUCUCAAAAUGCGGUGUUACUGAACGAGAUUGAGCCACUUCUAGAUAACAUAAAUGAAAUAAGAGAUGGUGUAAAAGCUUUACUUGAGGGUACUAAUUGUGUGUCUAGAUCUAAUGAUUUAGUAAAAUCUAAACCAAGCAUUAGAAGCUACAGGAAAAAACUUUUAGGAGAUUGGUACAAUUUAAUGCUCAAGGCUGAUCAUUAUAAAAAGUCAGUCGAUAGUGAGAAAGUUUUAUUAUUGGAGCAUAUGGUUUAUGCGGUACUGAGCCGGUCAUUCUCCUUUUUCAAUACUUGGGCUAGAGAAAAACGUACAUACGAUUUGGAAAAAGCUUCAAUGAGUGCCUUAACAGAUAAUAACAAUAAUUGCUUAAACAUUCAAGAAUCCCAAAGCUCGUCAUCGAGAUCCAUUCCUCGACAUAGAAGGAAAAGCCCUGUAAAUAAAGAAUCUGCUAAACUCAACUCUGGUCAAUUAAUUCAUUAUUUGCGUCAACCUCCAUAUGCUAUAUCAAGAUUAAAUGAAAUACAUGAAUUAUUAUUUUCUUAUAUUGGGUUGAUUCUUGGACGCUUGGACAUGAUUGAGCAUAAUUCGGCUGGUUGUGAAGUAUUUGAGCUCCUUGUUCACCAAAUCAUUUUACUGUUGAGAGAGUUAUUGUACAUCAGCAAAGCGUGUUCAUUGAUCAUACAAACGAGAUACAAUAGCGCCUAUGAAAAUAACCUGGAUCAUAACUUAGACCCUUUAUUAUCCCUUGUGUCUGAGCUAGUGUCAUGUAUUAAAGUUUUCGUUACUGAUACUAUUAAUGAAACAUAUGAAACCAGCCAACUGGUUGUAAAGGAUGAAGUCUAUCGUUACACACCUGAAGGUGCACACUUGGUUGUGAUCAUUUCGAAAAUGAACCGGUUAAUUAGUAAUGCUAUUAGCGGUUGUAAAAGUUAUUUGAAGUUGAUAGGUGACUUCCAAUUGGAGAGCGAAAGACAAUAUCCUAAUUUUGAGAAGAUGAGAAUGAAUUCAAGCCAAUUUAUUGAAAGGUGUUCAAAGGGAUUAUUGAAGAAUUUAAAUAAAAAUAAUUCUUUUCUAUCCUACGUGAAAGAAAAUGAAGCCACGUUAAAGAGAUCUCCCUCUUAUUCAAGACAUUUAGCUAGGUUUUCUUCCGUAAGGUCUGGUACGGAUGGUGUUUCUUUGUCUGUCAAUGGUAGCCAGUUUUUGCAGGAGUUUUUGCCUGAAUGUCAAGACUUUCAUAAGGAGCCCGAGUUUAUUCCAUAUAAUGCAGAGGACUCCUUUUAUGAGCAAGAUAAUCUAGAUGUUAUAAAUAAUAAGGAUCUUAUGAAAAACGAAAUGCUAUUUGACAAUGCUGGUAAUCUUGUUGGUGCUUCAUUUAGGGCCACGGUCUUUGUUUUAACUAAUGAAAUGGAAUAUGAAAAUGAAUUUCUGUUAUCCACAUUUUUACUAAACUACAAAUCUUUUGGGUCUAGUUCAGCUUUGGUAGAGGCUUUGGUAGCUAGAUUUGAUAUAGCAGACAUAUCCGCUAAAUUUGAAGCAAGGGAAAGUAAUGGUCAAUAUUCAUCAAGAUCUGCACGGUUGAAAAGCAGAAGGAGGAGGGUUUGUAAGGUAUUUAGAACAUGGAUGCAAAGCUUCUGGGAUUUCAAAAACGAUUAUAUGUUUUUAGCCACAAUGAUUAAUUUUUUUAACGAGGGAGUUAUUAUAAAGUUACCAGCUGAAUCAAAAGAAUUGAUGGAAAUAGCUGCAAGAUUAUGCAGUAUUGCACCUUCCAUGGACGGUAUGUUUAUGGAAGAUAAUAUUCAAUUAAACCCCAUAUUGAUUAUUCCAGGCAAUAGAGGAUCUAUUUUUUCAACCAUGUCCAAUUCAAGUAGAUCAUCGGUAACUUCUGUUGAUGAGAAAUUCAUCGAAGAAUAUGAACUGACAAAACUACCAUCUAGUAGUCAUAGUUCCCUUUCCCUUCCUCUUCCACUGUUGAAUACGGGUGCAGCUUCUUUAAUAAGCAAAAGGGAACUCUCUGAGAUAAAUAAGUUGGUUUCUCAAUAUGAUGAUCUAGUGUUGACACCCAUUUCACAAGCUUAUGACGAUAUUACUCAAAAGUUAAACUUAGAUAUGGCCAUCAGUUUAUGGGAUGCAUUAAUAACAAAUUCUAAGCCCCAAAAAAUUCCUGAAGAUUCGUUGAUCGGGCAAUUCAAUAUUACUGAUUAUAGUUCAUUAGAAAUUUCAAAACAGCUAACGAUAAUCGAAUCGGCUAUGUAUUUAACCAUAAAGCCUUUUGAACUUCUUAAUGAAGACUUCAGCACACAAAACAAACUAGGUUACAAGUCUCCGUCUCACUUUCAAACUAUAUUAAAUUUCACUAACUUGCUAUCUCAAUAUGUUGUUGAAUCGAUAGUUGGUCCUAAUAUUCCUCCCACCCAUCGCGUUGAAAGAUUAAAGAACUGGCUAAGAAUUGCUCUGUCUGCCCUAUAUUUUAGGAAUUUCAACUCUGUUGCGUCAAUUAUCACUUCAUUACAAAGCCAUACCAUUUCUCGUUUAUCCAUUUUAUGGGAAACACUAUCUCAAAAGGAUUUAGAUCUGUUUGAAUAUUUAUCCAAGAUUAUCCAUCCAAACAACAACUACAAAGUAUAUAGGACCAAAUUGAAGAGGUUAGUUGAAGAUUAUUCUCCAACAGAUGUAAUGGAAACAAAAUCACGGGUUCCUGUAGUACCGUUUUUCAAUUUGUUCUUACAAGAUAUUACAUUUAUCAAUGAAGGUAACUCGACCUUUAGGAAUCCAGAAUCUUUUAGGCCCCACAAGAUUGUUAAUAUCGACAAAUACUUUAAGAUCACUAAGACAAUUUCUACUGUUCAAUUUUUCCAAGUUCCCUAUGACACAGAAAAGAAGAGUGUUUUUGGGAAGCGCGAUUCCAUUUUUAAUAUGUCUGGUGAAGUUGAUGAUUCAAGAAGGAUAGAGCCAAUGCCGGUACUCCAGGAAUUUAUAUUAUAUGAAUUGUUCCGUAUCAACACAUUAUAUGCCGCGAACCAUGACAGAGGUUAUGAAUUAAGUCUAAGGUUGGUACCGCCUGCUGACUGA